CUCCCCUUUCAAGCAGCCGCACACACUGUAAGAAUUCUUGCAAGAGGGAAUGUGAAUCCUGGAGCUAAUUCUGCCCUUUUCCACCAGCCCCCUCCCUGAGGGGCUCAGCUGGCCAUGCUAAAAGCUGCAGUAGAAAGGUGAAAACGAAUAUUACAAGAUCUUGGAAGCAUCUGAGGUUUAAUGAGGACUUUCCAGCAUUCCAGACUGCUGCCCUGCAAUGAAGCUCUGAGUCACGGUCUUUGGGGCUAAGGUAUUGGCAACAAUGUGGAACCCCAGGACAGCCAACCUGACUAACCUUCGCUGUAACCAGGAUCCCAAAAGGGGUCUGGCAUGAAAUCAGAGCAUAGAGAAAGACUUGCUUGUUAAUGGAAACAGGAAAGAAAAAAAGGGUUUCCAACAAAUUGCAACAGACUUUCCACCAUUCUAAAGAACCCACCUUCCUUAUCGACCAAGCCGUUCUAUCUAGUGACUCCCAUUCCAGCCUUUUGCCAGAAACAGAGCAUGUCAAUCCUGCUGGAAAAAUAAAGAUAGGACCUCUGACAAGACCUGGAACAGUGAUACUCUCAAAACGGUCCAGUAGGAGAAUUAUGUCAGAAAGUCCGCACAGCCCCCCUGUGAUACCAUCCCGCAGGCCUGGAUUCCGGGUGUGCUAUAUCUGUGGCCGAGAAUUUGGCUCCCAAUCAAUUGCCAUUCAUGAACCCCAGUGCUUGGAGAAGUGGCGUGUUGAAAACAGCAAGUUGCCCAAACACCUGCGGAGGCCAGAACCCUCCAAACCACAGCCUCUCAGGGGCAGUGGGUCCUACAAUCUUCAGGCCGUGAACGAAGCAGCGUUUCAAAGUUCCCAGGCUCAGCUGCUGCCCUGUGAAUCCUGUGGCCGCACAUUCUUGCCAGAUCGUCGUCUUGUUCACCAGAGGAGCUGCAAGCCGAAGGGUGAGGGGCCCAGAGCACCAAACCCCAACCGUUUUGAUGAUCCGACUGGUGCCAGGAAAGCUGCUGGUGGCAUCCCAGCCCGACCAAAGACUCUCAUCUGCUACAUUUGUGGUAGGGAAUUUGGCACUCUGUCCCUUCCUAUUCAUGAGCCCAAAUGCCUAGAAAAGUGGCAAAUAGAAAACGACCGGCUCCCCAGGGAGCUCCGCCGACCACUCCCACGGAAGCCUCAGCCCCUUCCAACUGGACAGUCCAACCAAGAGGAGCCAAGUCAAGCUCAGCUGGUGCCCUGUGCAAAUUGCGGCCGGACCUUUGCCCCAGACCGCCUUCUGGUACACCAGAGAAGCUGUAGGGUUCAACCAAGUGCACCAAAAAUUCAGAAUUUGACCUUAGGGAGGAAAGGUGGCCUGAAAGAGUCCACAAAUUCCAAGCAGCAAAGGAACAUGGCAGUGCCCACUGUGACUGAUAAGCCAGCAAUGAUAAGGCGUCCACCAACAAUCAUCUGCUACAUUUGUGGCCGUGAAUAUGGAACAAAAUCCAUUGCCAUCCACGAGCCACAAUGUCUGAAAAAAUGGCAUAACGAAAACAACUUGUUGCCCAAAGAGUUAAGGAGAUCAGAACCCAAGAAACCAGAAGUCAGGAUCAUUACUGCCAAAGGUUUCUAUGAUCUCGAUGCCUUAAAUGAAGCUGCUUGGACAAGUGCCCUGAGCCAGUUGGUUCCCUGUAAUAUUUGUGGGCGUACCUUCCUGCCAGACAGACUGAUUGUUCACCAACGAUCCUGUAAGCCAAAAGUCGCCAAGUAAAGCCCUUUCUCCCAGCAACAGUGUUACAGGACUUAGAUCCUUUCAAGAGAGAUGGGGGUACGGAGGGAAGGAGAAAAAGGAGGCGAGGAGAAGAAACAAGAAAAACUGAAAUUGUCACGAGGCUGUCUACGGGAAGCCAGCUGGGUGCUUGGGUGGCACGAACGUGACCGUGAUGUGGUGGGCAGGCGCUCUGCCUUCAGCAAGCAGCUGCAUGCAUGUGCACAGACACACGGGGGGCUGUGUCACACUCUGUCAAGCAGAAUUACAGUGGGCCACCCCUCAUGGGGGCUGGCUUUUUUGUCUCGAGAAAAUUUCAGAGCCAACUGUUGGUGUUUUUCCACCAUUCUCUCCCCGCACCCACCCAGCAAGACUUUGAACUUCACAGUUAGGUCUCUUAUUAUUCUGGGAACAGAGGUUUCAGGUGGUCAUUUCAGGCAACUCCUUAAGUCUCAAGAAAAACUGGAUUCCUUCCCAUCCCUGUGCUUUCUGAAAUAAUGUACCAUUCCCUGUUUCCUCUGAUCCGGGGAAAAGUUUUUAAUUGAGCUAGUGAUUGGGAAUCUUUUCUCUGUAAAAUCAUUGCAUGACAAAGACGUUCAAAAAAGAGCUAAGGAGUUCAAGUACUAGAACGAUGUCUAACUCAUACUCCCUUGCUAAGAGCAGGAAAUGCUACAGAGAAAUUUCAGAACCGGUUCCAGCUUCAUAUGUCACAAGAUUGCUACAGCGCCAUUCAUCAAAUGGGUGGAGGUUAGCUCCUUCCUUCUAUAGGCGAAGUCCAGAGAGUUCUCUCUGUCCUCACAGGGGCUUAUAGGUGUUUUAUUGUUGAGGUCUACGAUCUUGCCAGGAAGUUCUGCACCACCCCACCCACUACCCCUGCAAUGGGUUGUGAAACUGCCCUGUAUUUUAGGCCUUGAAUGUGUAUUCAUAGGGGCAAGGCUCUCCUGGGAGGAGGCCAGGGUCAGGGAGGUGCUCUGCCCAGGAAAUUCUGCUCCCCCUCUGGGCAGUUUUGCUUGAGAUCUUUGUUCCUGUUAUGGCUGAAGUUCAGAGCCAUUCUGGAUCCCCUGGGUUCCUGCAAACCUUGCAUUCACGACCUAACCCAGCACGUUAACUCCACAUUCUACAAGCAAAUUUAGUUGACCUAAUGUUUUAGUCACACAUCUCCAUAUUAUAAGCGGUUAGGUUAAGAUGAUUGCCCUAAUUGUUCUUUUUUUUUUUUCCUGCCUGUUCUAAAGGAAGAAGAGGUUAACUUUUCAAAUAGUCUUUAGAUAACCUCAGAGAAGAUUACCAUCUUGAGAAAGACAGCAUUUAAUGACCCGUUGAUGGUUUAGUUCUUUUAUUUUGCGGGCAAAAAUGACAUUUAGUAAUGGAGUUAGUAUAGCGUGAGUCAGACUCUGUGCCUCAUGCUUCCCAUACUUCAGUGUAUAUAAAUCUCACAUCAACCCUACAAGGAGACGUUAUCUAUAUUUUACAUCCGAGGAAACUGGUAUUUAAAUAGGUCAAUAGAUAACUAGAGGUCACACUGGGCUGGAGUCGAGUGAAGCAAACUCGCGACCGUUGGAAUUCCAAACUCAUACUCUUUGCCAGUGCUAUUUGUGUGAUGGAUGUCAUCACGAACACAAUGAACUGUACUAACCAACGAUCUGCCAGGUGUGAUUUUUUUUUUUUUUAAUCCAGUGUUUAGCACCUAAGGCAACUGGGAAUCUCAGCAUGCUUGUAGUUUUUGCCUGCUGGAAUUUUUGGUCAACUGUGGAGGUGAAAACAGAAGUCGGUCGGAACUGCCCUCGCUGUCUUGCAGAGGCCACUGUGCCUUCUGCUAAUGGUGGAAGCAGUCAAAUGGGGGAAAUAAAGCAGAAGUGCUGGUCUCAACUUUGAAAGCAGUUGCCUAAAAAAGACAUCCUUAUACACAUUUCUUUCAAAGCAUGACCAAAAAAAAAAAAAAAUCAAAAUAAAUGAC